AUGGCUUCUUCUGCGCAUUACAGACUAUUGGAUUCAGUGCUUCUUCAGAAGCCGGGCAAAACCUGUCCAUGGGCUUCGACAGCAGUUUUCAAACACACUGCUCAAUUUGCAUUCAGACGAAAUUGUUGCGAAAGGAAAGGUGUUCUUCUUACAAUUGCAAAAGCAGCAGCUCGAGUUGAAGUUAAACAAAAUGCAUUUGAAAUCAAUCUCCACCCAAUUGCUGGAAAGGUCGAGAUCGAGGAGAGGCCACAGCUUGAGCUGGGUAAGGAGGCUAUUGGAAUGGAAAGGGCUAUAGAGACGAUUAAAAACAUGUUUCGAUCAAUAGAAGACGGUGAAACUUCCGUUUCACCAUAUGACACUGCAUGGGUGGCACGAGUUCGAGCUUUAGAUGGCUCUGGAGAGCCCCAGUUUCCUUCUUGUUUGGAAUGGAUUAUUCAUAAUCAGCUUGCAGACGGUUCAUGGGGAGAUUCUCAGCUAUUUCAUGUCCGUGAGAGAGUUCUCAACACGCUCGGUUGCGUCAUUGCUCUUAAAACUUGGAACGUAGCUCCUGGAGGCAUCAAAAAAGGAUUACGUUUUCUUCAGGGGCAUAUUCCAAAGAUAAAUGCCGGAGAUUGCGUUUACAGUCUGAUUGGCUUCGAGAUCAUCUUUCCUACUUUGAUGGAAGAUGCUAAAGUCAUGAAGUUAGACCUUCCUUACGAUGAUGAUCUCCUGCAAAAAAUCUACGACGAAAGGACCUUGAAAUUGAAAAGAAUACCAAUGGACAUUCUGCACAAGUCUCCAACGACAUUGCUACAUUCUCUUGAAGGGUUGCGUGAUAUGGUAGAUUGGGAUAAGCUUCGGAAGUUGCAAUUGAAGGACGGAUCAUUUCUAUUCUCGCCAGCUUCUACAGCAUGUGCUCUUAUACAAACUAGUGAUGUUAACUGUGCUCGGUACCUUGACAAAAUUACAAACAAACACAAUGGAGGAGCGCCCAAUACAUAUCCUGUGGAUUUAUUUGAGCAUUUAUGGAUGGUGGAUCGCUUAGAACGCCUCGGGAUUGCUCGAUAUUUUGGAAAAGAGAUCACAAACAAUCUUGACUACGUAUAUAGAUAUUGGACAAAUGAAGGUAUUGGGUGGGCAAGGGAUUCUUCAGUUCAAGAUGUAGAUGACACAUCCAUGGCUUUCAGACUCCUUCGAUUACAUGGAUUUGAUGUAUCUAGUGAAGUAUUUUCUCAUUUUAAACAAGGUGAUCAGUUCAUUUGUUUUAAAGGGCAAGCAAGCCAAGCUGUAACAGGAAUAUAUAACUUAUAUAGGGCCUCUCAAGUUCUUUUUCCUGGUGAAUCUAUACUACAAGAGGCCCAAACAUUUUCUAAGAAUUUCCUAGAGGACAAGAGAGCCAAAAACCAGAUCAAUGACAAAUGGAUCAUCUCCAAGGGUUUAGUGGGCGAGGUUAAGUACGCUCUUGAUUUUCCAUGGUAUGCCAGUCAACCCCGGAUUGAGACGAGAAUGUACAUUGAACAGUACGGGACGGAUGAUAUUUGGAUUGGAAAGUCGCUUUACAGAAUGCCGUUGGUGAACAACAACACGUACAUCGACCUGGCUAGGGCGGACUUCAAUUUGUGCCAAUCUAUCCACAGGAAAGAACUAGACGCAAUUACUAGAUGGUCCGAAGAAAACCGGUUUGAUGAGCUGGGUUUAGUGAAGGAUUCAAUCGUAAGAUUAUAUUUCUUACCUGCAGUAGCUCUAUUUGAACCAGACAUGGCUGGUUCUAGGCUUGCGUGGGCACACUCUUCCAUACUUAUGAGUGGAGUGAGAAAUGUUUUUUCACGGUGGCAUUCAACCCCGUAUAAGAAACGCCAAUUUGUGGAUGCGUUUGGGAGAUGGGGUGUUAGAGCAACGCAAAAAGAUAUUCCAGAAUCUGCAACACGUCUUUUGACGUGUAUGUUUCGGACGAUCAACAUGUUGUCUGUGGAUGGUAGCUUGGCCCAGGGUCGGGACAUCAGCGGCAUUCUAAAACACGCUUGGCAGACGUGGCUGACAGAAGAGGCGGACAAAGGAGAAGAAGGUGAGGAUGUUAACGUCGUUCCAGAAGCUGAGGUCAUUGUGUUGUCAGCAUCAUUCUUGGGCACAGAAGUGAUCUCCAGGGAUUCGAUCUGCCGACACGACUUCACUCAAACAAUAAAACAGACAAAUACGGUUUGCUCCUUUCUGCGGGCAGCCACUAAUUUCAAGGAGAAGAGUUUAUGUGACCCUCAUGUGUCGAUUACUGCGGAAGAAGACAAGCUCAAACAUCUAAAACACAGAGCUGAUGAAGCAAUGAGGGAGCUGGUUUGGGCAGUACAUGAGGGGCACAGAGGAGUUCCAAGUAUAGUUAAACGCGUGUGUCUGAAUGUGAGCAAGAGCUUCUAUUAUGCCGCACAUUGCAGCAAUAAGGAGAUGGACGAUCACGUGGAGAUGGUACUAUUCCAGCCUGUGGAGUAAUGCAUACAACCAAAUAGAACGACCCUGUUUGGACUGGGACGGGUAAACGUGGCGGCCGCUUGUCGAUCUCUUCGUCGUUUCAAUCACCUACAAAAAGAGUUUUGUAUGUCUGUGGAAUAGUUUUAACCCAGCGUCGGUGUCGUCUCUUACUUAUCCGAAUGCUGAGGAUCAACAUGUUUAGUCUAUAUUUGUCCUCGUUAUUGUACAUGCAAACC